AUGGCUCCAUCGCCAGUAGCUUCUCCGACGAAGCGGAGAAAGCUCGCUUCGACGAGUCCCACUAAGCAAGUAAGCCCCAACGGCUCAGCUCAAGCGUCUCUCCUAUCCUUCUUCGGUAAUGGAUCUCCAACUGCAUCGUCACCAGCAACCGCCAACCCGCCAAAACGCACACCAUCCGAUUCCCAGCUUGAAAAUGCAGGCCUGACUUGCACUUUUAGUCAAGCUGAGACCAAGGCGCAACGGACUGCCGACUGUCCUAUCUGCUGCAGAAAGGUCCCCUUUAACACAGUACAAGCACACGUCAACGCCUGCCUCGAUGCCGCCGACUCAAUUACUGCCGAGCCAGAGGUGCUGAGAGAUUGUGUUAAUGAGCAGCGGAUCAAGCCUCACGACGAAGCCGUUCGGAGGCAGUCGUGUUCUCCAGCAUCCACACCCUUCGCUCCCUCACUGACCAAGGACACUCCUGCCGAGACUACUGCACCACCACAGCUUACCAAGCUCACAUCAAUAUCCGAGCUUGCUUCGACACUAGAUGCCAGAGUUGCCCCGACGAACAUCUCUGAGCAAAGCUCAAAUGCCUCACCCGCACGGCAACCUGGAAGAACACCAUCAUCGUUCCUCUCUUCCGCCAAGCGUGCAGCCUCUUCCGCAUUCACAGUCUUGAUGAAGUCGCAUUCUGAAUCCAAGCAGUGGGCCACAGCAGAUGCAGUUGAGGCUGCCAACUAUCGCGGAAAGGCGAGAUCGAGACCCGAAGCGCGCACUGCUCCCUUCUACAAAGCGCUCGAAGGCAUGCCUCUCACCGUCGACGCUUUCCGCUUUGGCAAGAUCGAAGGCUGCCGCGGCUACUUUCUCACCCACUUCCACAGUGACCACUACGGUGGCAUGACUGCCAAUUGGAAUCAUGGUCCAAUCUACUGCAGUGUUACUACAGCGAAUCUGUGUCGCACACAUCUCGGCGUUGAUCCGCAGUGGUUGAGACCGCUACCGAUGGAAGUUGCUGUGCCUGUUCCUGACAGCGGCGGCGUCAUGGUCACCUGCAUCGAAGCAAAUCACUGUCCAGGCUCGUGCCUGUUUCUUUUUGAGGGUCCGCAGACCUGUCAGCUCCUGUCACGUAACCAUGCAACUCCAUACAUUGGCACAGGAAAGAUCUUCCGCUAUUUGCACUGUGGCGACUUCCGCGCCAGUCCUGUUCACACCAAUCAUCCGUCAAUAGUGGGCAAGAAGCUCGAUAUCAUCUAUCUCGAUACGACGUACUGCAACCCGCGCUACUGUUUCCCAGCUCAAGACCAGGUCAUUGAGGCUUGCGCAGAACUGGUCAGGCAGAUCGUACCAGAAGCGCAGCUGGAAGCCAAUCGUGCUGCCAAGAUGGAAGAGCUGGAAGCCGGCGAAGAAGGGCGAGAGGAUUGGACUCAGGCGCCACCACGCAAAGGCAAGAACAGCGUUGAUACUGAUUCUGCAUCUGCAACCGCAUUCAAAGGGUGGUUCAACACCAAGGUUGAGAAUACCGAUGGUACAGUGUCCGCACUACAGGUGCCAGCAUCCUCAACGGACGCAAGUGGCAGCAACGUGAAGGAGGAGGAAUCUCCUGACACAGCUUCCAUCAAACAGGAAGAGACGCAGGAUGAAAACCUGGAAUUGGACGAGGAGAACCUUUUCCUCGGCGAAGACGAUCUCGAGGAUCCGGCAGACGACCGCGACAGCACCUACGAAAGCCCUGUCAGCGGGUCUCCCACCCCACGCGUCAAGCUAGAGCCAUCAGAGGACGCCUUGAUUGACAUUGGCGCCGAAGACAGGAAGCCAGACGUGAAGCCCAAGGUGACAGAUGCGUCGCCACCUGUUGCCGCGUCUGCGCAAGUCGUCAAGAAGGAAGAGGAGGCCGACCAGAAUGCGGGCAUCAAACGGUCACCUUCGGACGACGUCAAUGCAUCGAAUUGGCUCACCAAACAUUCCGAAUCCUCACGUGACGCCAUCUCUGGUCUUCGUCGUCGUGACGGCGGUCGCCUCCUCGUCGUCAUCGGCACCUAUACCAUCGGCAAGGAGCGCAUCGUCAAAGCUGUUGCUCGUGCCAUGAACUCCAAGAUCUUCUGCAUGGACUCUCGCAAGUACCGCGUCUACGCUCAACUCGAAGAUCCCGAGCUCCACUCGCUUCUCACCCGUUCCCCUUCGGCCUCGGUACACGUCGCCAACCUGCACGCUAUCAACGGCGAAGGUCUACGGGACGUUGUUGCUGCUCUCCGCACGCGAGGCUAUGACUUCACUCACGCCGUCGCUUUCCGUCCAACAGGCUGGACAUACAAGCCGUCAGCAGGAAUGGACACCGUCUCUCCGAGUCUCGACAGACUGGUACAAUGGAAUCAAUCCAGGUCUUUCGGGCCACACAACCUCUUUCCGACGCGAGACAGUACGCCGGACUACAUGAUCUACGGCGUGCCUUACUCAGAGCAUUCGAGUUUCUUCGAGCUGACGGCAUUUGCGCUGAGCACGAAGUACGACAGGAUCAUAGCAACGGUUAAUGUGGGGAAUCCGACAAGCAGAGCAAAGAUGGCCAAAUGGUUCGAGAAGUGGAUGCUAGAAAAGAGGCGGAGAGAGAAGAACGGGUUGCGUGAGCUCGAAGCUCGGGCUGUUACAUACUGGUGA